GGUGCAGCAGGCAGGUCCACGCGGUGAGGGGUGUGUCAUUAAUAAGUAAUUAGACAGGGGUCACAGCAGCCACUUAUAUAAAGAGACCCUCACAGCCGGGCAGGGCAGCUUUACGCACAGAGAAGGACGGAGCGAGGAGCAGCUCUUCUCUUGGUGUCUUCUUCUUCUUCUUACGCGCAUCUCGAGAUUUUUUUUUUCUCUUUUCUUUUUUUUUUUUUCGUGUUUGUGUGCGUGUUGCCAACAUGGGCUCCGUGCUACCCGCCGACACACUGGCUCUCAAGUCUGGAUUUAAGUGUCCGAGCCGCUCGCUGUCGGACGUGAUCACCUCGGACAUCCUGCACAGCUUCUUGUACGGCAGGUGGAGGAACGUGCUGGGAGAACACCUGGCGGAGGAGCGGCAGAGCGGCAGCCCCAAGACCGCCUUCACCGCCGAGGUGCUGGCGCAGUCCUUCGCCGGAGAGGUGCAGAAGCUCUCCAGCCUGGUGCUGCCCACCGAGGUGAUCAUCGCCCAGAGCUCCAUCCCUGGAGAAGGUCUGGGCAUCUUCUCCAAGACGUGGAUCAAAGCUGGAACCGAGAUGGGGCCCUUCACCGGGAGGGUCCUGUCCCCUGAGCAUGUGGACCUGCUCAAGAACAACAACCUCAUGUGGGAGGUGUUCAAUGAAGACGGCACGGUGCGUUACUUCAUCGACGCCAGUCAGGAGGAUCAGCGCAGCUGGAUGACUUACAUCAAGUGCGCCCGGAACGAGCAGGAGCAGAACCUGGAGGUGGUGCAGAUCGGCAGCAGCAUCUUCUACAAGGCGGUGGAGACGAUCCCACCAGACCAGGAGCUGCUCGUCUGGUAUGGAAACACUCACAACACAUUCCUGGGAAUCCCCGGAGUUCCCGGAACAGAUGAGGAACAGCAGAAGAAAAGCAGGAGUGAUGACUCCCACCCCUGCGAUGGCCCUUCCGCCUGCUCCCCUCCCUCCGCCUCCAUCACGGCGGGUCGCAUGCGCUGCGUCAUCUGCCACCGCGGCUUCAACUCGCGCAGCAACCUGCGCUCCCACAUGCGCAUCCACACGCUGGACAAGCCCUUCGUCUGCCGCUUCUGCAACCGCCGCUUCAGCCAGUCGUCCACGCUCCGGAACCACGUGCGGCUGCACACCGGCGAGCGGCCCUACAAGUGUCACGUGUGCCAGAGCGCGUACUCGCAGCUGGCGGGCCUCAGGGCGCACCAGAAGAGCGCGCGGCACAAGCCGGUGGCGCACGCCGCCGACGUGCAGUCUCAGGUGUCCCCUCCUCCUCCUCCCCCACAGAUGACGGCCAUGCCCCACCAGCAUGCCCACCAGAUGCCCAUGGUGCACCACAUCCCCACCAUGGUGCUAUGAUGACGGGCCGACGGAGGGGACAAGCCCGCGGAACAACGUUGCACUUUAGAUUCCAGCUGUAUAAAAAGGAGGCAGACACAUAAGUGAAGCAUCUCACAGACAUUUCAAUAUGUUGCCUUAUUCGUAUCGGUUGUCACGUGAGCAGAAGUCCAGCAGAAAGAUGUUUUAAUGAUUGUAUUUUGGGGAAAAAAAAAAAAAAAAUCAUCUCCAGGUUUUUCACAUGAUUAGUUUUUAAUGCCUCUCUGUGUCAGAUAUGUAUAUCUCACUACAGACCAGAUCUUUAUUCUGCAUCACAUCCUCACCAGCUCAGGUGGAACUCAGAGAUUUGUAUACAGGAAGUAGAGAUAAGGGACGUGGCCACCAGUGUACGUUGUUUCAUCCUCCCACACUGUAAACUGAAACUGUCACUUUAACCUUGCACAGACUGUAUACUAUACUGUUGUGUAGUUGUAAAAUUGUAUUGUAUGCUACUGUACAUGUGAAUGUAAAUACAUUUGUGCUUUCUUCUAUUCUAAAUAAAUAUGAUAUGAU